AAUAGAUAGAGAGUCAUUCAAUCCCAUUCUUCACGUUUGAGCUCUGAUUGAUUGAUUCGUAAUGUAAAAUGGUGGAUUGCCUCAAGAGUUGCCGGCUUUUGAGGUUAAUUCUGGGAUUAGGUUUAUAAAACAACAAAAGUCUGAUUCAGGCUGUUGAAAAAAGACAAAUUGCCUCAGGGUUGAAAGGGUAUUGGGUGGUAGUAUCCCACUUAGCAGCAGGUCCCCCCUAUAGGUACAUUUGUCCCACAUCGGGGUUGGGGUUGGGUUUGGGUUGGGAUAUAAGUCCCUGGGAUUGCCUCAAGAGUUGCCGGCUUUUGAGGUUAAUUCUGGGAUUAGGUUUAUAAAACAACAAAAGUCUGAUUCAGGCUGUUGAAAAAAGUAAUGUAAAAUGGAGAUCCAGAACCAGAAGCAGCAUUUAUGCUUUAACUUUUGUCUGAAAGAUGCCCCUCUUUCUUUUCUCACCAUCAUCAAUUCUCUGUUUUUUUUUUAGCCGUUUGUACUUUUGGAGCUAAUUCUAUGAUUCUCCGAAAAUCCUAAGAAUGAUUUAAUCAUUCAGGGUUCACUGUUCCAAGUAAGCGUUGCGUGAAGGACUCUUUUUGUACAACAACAAAGACGCUACUGCCGUAGUCGAAUUGGUCAAAUUAUACAUAUCCCAAAGGACUCCACUACCUAGAAAAUGCUGAUCCCAUUUUUCUUCUACCACCUAAUAACGCUCCGCACACACGCCGCCACCAUCCUGUCCCAUGCCGCCGCAUCGCCACUCUCCUUCUCCGUCAAAGACUUCGGGGCCAGGGGGAACGGCGUCCACUACGACACCCUUCCAAUCCAAUCCACCAUCGACGCCUGCUCCGCCGCCGUCUCGACCUCCCCCCACAUCCCAUCAUGCCACGUGGAGUUCCCGCGGGGGAAGUACUUAACGGCCACUGUACACUUAAAAUCCAGCGUGAUUUUGCGCAUUCACAAGAACGCCACCAUAUUGGGGGGCACGAAGAUCGAAGACUACCCGAGGGAGCAGGAAAGGUGGUACGUGGUGCUGGCGGAGGAUGCAGCAGACGUGGGGAUCACCGGCGGCGGAGAGAUAAACGGACAGGGGUUGAAGUUCGUGAAGAGGUUUGAGAAGAGGAAGAAUGUGAUGGUGAGCUGGAACGAGACGGGGGCGUGUUUGGGGGACGAGUGCAGGCCAAGAUUGGUGGGGUUCAUCGGUUGUAGGAACGUCAGAGUGUGGGACGUCAAUCUUAUCGAGCCCGCUUAUUGGUGUUUGCACCUUGUCCGCUCGCAAAACACAUCAGUGGAAGAUGUUACAAUAUAUGGAAACUUCAAUUCACCUAACAAUGAUGGGAUUGAUAUAGAGGAUUCCAAUAACACAUUCAUCACAAGAUGCAGAAUUGAUACAGGAGAUGAUGCUAUUUGUCCAAAGUCAUCCACAGGACCUGUCUAUAACUUUACUGCAACCAACUCCUGGAUUCGAACAAAAUCUUCAGCAAUCAAGCUUGGCAGUGCUAGUUGGUAUGAUUUCAAGGGAUUUUUGUUUGACAAUAUUACUAUUUAUCAGUCCCAUAGAGGGCUUGGCUUCCAAAUAAGAGAUGGGGGGAAUGUUAGCGACAUUAAAUUUUCCAAUAUAAAUAUCAGCACAAGAUAUUAUGAUCCUUUGUGGUGGGGAAGAGCUGAGCCUAUUUAUGUAACUACCUGCCCGAGAGACUCGACUUCAAAAGAGGGUUCAAUCUCCAAUUUACAGUUCAUUAACAUCACGGCAACUUCAGAAAAUGGCAUCUUUUUAUCAGGUUCCAAACAUGGAAUCUUGAGCAGUUUGAAGUUCAUUAACGUAAAUCUCACGUACAGAAGACGGACAAGAUUUGCGGGUGGUCUGUUCGACUACCGUCCAGGAUGUGAAGGACUUGUGAAUCACAGCACAGCAGGGCUCAUGAUGGAACACAUAGAUGGUUUGGUUGUUCAAAAUGUGAACAUGAGGUGGUUUGAGGAUAACUCAGCCAGGUGGAAUAAUCCUCUUGAAUUCAGGCCUUCUACUGUGAAUAACAUCUCUUUCCUGAACUUCCAUUCAGGUUUCCAUUCUGGUGAAGUAGCGACUAUCUAGGCUGCAACAAUAAGCUUGGAGGCCAUAUACAUCCGACGAGGUGAUUAGACGCAUAGUUUCUGCUUUAUGGUAUCGAUCAAUUUCGAUGUACUUUCAGAAAUUCACAUCACAGACCUGUAUACACAUUACUAGGGGUUGCAUUUCCACAGCAGAUACUGAAAUGCUUAAUAAUGCCUAAAUGGUUUUCUUUGCCUGUUUUCAUACUUGCAGACUGAAAAAUGAACGUUCAGAGCUUUCUUGUAUACUAUGUGAUAUGCUGAAA